GGUGCGAGAGGGAGAAUUCCAACACAAAAAGCAGAUUCCUCUCCGCUCCUUCCUCCGCUACGUAAACAAAACCAAAGACCAAAAAGCAAAAGCCAAAGGAAAGGAAAGGAAGAAGAAAACACACACACACACACACUCUCAUUUCUCUUCUUCUUCUUCUUCCUCCUCACAUCACGCUAAGUAACCGAUCCGAUUCCGCACACUCCAAAAUGCUCACGUGCAUCGCACGCCCCAAGAAACCCGGCGCCGACUCGGCCACCGAGGAUCCGAGUUCGCGAGGGCAGGCGAAGUCGCUCACGGCGCAGAUAAAGGAGAUGGCGCUGAAGGCCUCGGGCGCCUACAAGCAGUGCGCGCCAUGCGCGCCGCACCCGAGUCGGCUCAGCCGCGGCGACUCGGAGUCGGAGUCGUCGCGGCGGCGGUGGGGGAAGGAGCUGGAGGCGCGGCUGAAGGGGAUAUCGAGCGGCGAGGGGACGCCGAGCUCGAGCGGGCGGCGAGUGGUGCUGCUGCUGGAGGAGGAGGAGGAGCCCAAGGAGUGGGUGGCGCAGGUGGAGCCCGGCGUUCUCAUCACCUUCGUCUCGCUUCCGCGUGGCGGGAACCACCUCAAAAGGAUUCGAUUCAGUCGCGAGAUAUUUAACAAAUGGCAAGCUCAAAGAUGGUGGGCAGAGAACUAUGAUAAGGUCAUGGAACUUUACAAUGUUCAAAGGCUUAACCGCCAAGCUGUCCCUCUUCCAACUCCACCAAGGUCUGAAGACGAGAGUUCAAAGCGUGAAUCAAUAGAAGAGAUCCCAGUGACACCUCCACUGAGCAGGGAAAGACCACCUUGUAAUUUAUACCGAGCAGGAGGUGGGGUCGGAAUGGGGUACUCAUCCUCAGAUUCGUUUGAUCAUCAGUCAAUGCAGUCCCGGCAUUACUAUGACCCGAAUGGUGUGAACUCAACCCCAAAGGUGUCCACCAUUAGUGCUGCUGCCAAGACAGAUAUCUCGUCAAUCGAUGCCGAUGCUUCCUUAAGAAGUAGCUCAUCAAGAGAAGCUGAUCGCUCUGGGGAACUAUCAUUCAGCAAUGCCAGUGAUCUGGACAGUGAAUGGGUUGAGCAGGACGAACCUGGGGUUUACAUUACCAUCAGAGCUCUCCCAGGUGGCAAAAAGGAGCUCAGAAGAGUCAGGUUCAGUCGAGAAAAGUUUGGGGAGAUGCAUGCUAGACUGUGGUGGGAAGAGAACCGUGCCAGAAUACAUGAACAAUACUUGUGAGAUUUAUCAAAGGGGUGGCUGCUGAUAUAUCACAAAAUGUGUAGGUGGUGUUUCGUAUUAAUUUGCUUAGCCUUAAUCUAUGUUUUCGCUAUAUAAACUCUCGUUAUGUAUAGGCGAUAAGAUGUCAGAACGAGUGCUACUUAUUGCACCUCUAUCUUAGGCUAUAUAUACAUCCCUAGACCCUAGCACGCUCGCGUCUCUUCUUCAUGCGAUCAGAUCUACUAGUUAUUAUCAAGGGAGUAAAUGUAGCUUCUGUUAGUCAGGGUAGCAAUCGUUUUCUUGAAGCUUAUAAGUAAUGGGUGUAAAUUAUAUAGCUGUUGAAAUUCGAUACAAAGAAUGAAUCUACUCAUUUUCCUUUUGUUUCUUAA